CAAGUGCAGAGAGACCAGAGGCAGACGCGGACGGCAAGAGAGAGACAGAGAGAUUCGUGGAGAGAGGCUCGGAGCACAGAACCCGGGACCAGGGACCCUGGGUCAGCGCGACCACGGCCAGGAGCCCUGCCCCGCCUUUAUGCCUGUCAGGUGCCCGGCCUGGCCCAUCCUCCAGGUGAGCUUCCAGCUGUGCCACCCAGUGUCUGAGUGACAGCCCCCCCAAGUUUGCCGAGGACAGCCACAGUGCUGAGGAUGGCCCAGGUCCUGCACGUUCCGGCCCCCUUCCCAGGGACCCCCGGCCCGGCCUCGCCCCCUGCCUUCCCGCCCAAGGAGCCCGACCCUCCGUACUCGGUGGAGACGCCCUACGGCUACCGGCUGGACCUGGACUUCCUCAAGUACGUGGAUGACAUCGAGAAGGGCCACACGCUGCGCCGGGUGUCGGUCCAGCGGCGCCCGCGCCUGGGCUCGCUGCCCCGCGGGCCCGGCUCCUGGUGGACGUCCACCGAGUCGCUGUGCUCCAACGCCAGCGGGGACAGCCGCCACUCGGCCUACUCGUACUGCGGCCGCGGCUUCUACCCGCAGUACGGCGCCCUGGAGGCGCGGGCGGGCGCCUUCAACCCGCGCGUGGAGCGCACGCUGCUGGACGCGCGCCGGCGGCUGGAGGAGCAGGCGGGCGCCGGGGGCCCCGGCCUGGGCUCCCUCGCCCCCAGCGCCGCGGGCUCCACCAGCUCGUUGGUGGGCGUGGGGCUGCCGCCGCCCACGCCGCGGGGCUCGGGCCUGUCCACGCCGGUGGCCCCCAACGCCGGCCACCUGACCCACGUGCGGGAGCAGAUGGCGGGCGCGCUGCGGAAGCUGAGGCAGCUGGAGGAGCAGGUGAAGCUGAUCCCCGUGCUCCAGGUGAAGCUGUCGGUGCUCCAGGAGGAGAAGCGGCAGCUCAUGGUGCAGCUCAAGAGCCAGAAGUUCCUGGGCCACCCCGCGGGCGGCCGGGCCCGCGGCGAGCUGUGCCUGGACCUGCCCGAGCCUCCGAGCGAGCCGGGGCCGCCGGAGACCCGGAGCGUGGGCACCUGGGUGCGCGACCGGGACCUGGGGCUGCCCGACGGGGAGGCCGCGCUGGCCGCCAAGGUGGCCGUGCUGGAGACGCAGCUGCAGAAGGCGCUGCGGGAGCUGCAGGCGGCUCAGGCGCGCCAGCCCCAGGCCUGGCCGCCGCCGCCGGACAGCCCCAUCCGGGCAGACACCCUGAGAGUGGUGGAGGGGCCGCGCGAGGUGGAGGUGGCGGCCAGCACCGCGGCCGGGGCCCCCGCGCAGCGUGCCCACAGCCUGGAGCCCUACGGGGCCGGGCUGCGCGCCCUGGCCACUGCCGCCCCCGCCGAGGGCCCCGCGCUGUUCCGCAGCCACGAGGUGCUGGAGACCCUGCCCGCGUCCCCCUCGACCCCCGGCAACGUGCACGUGGUGAAGAAGAUCAGCAUCUCGGAGCGGCACUGCCAGGGGGCAGCAGCUCCCCCCGAGGCCCCUGCAGAAUCCUCCUCAUCCUUUCCGGGGUCUGUGACUCUGCCCAGCAGCACCGGCAACGCUGCCUCCAGGGAGCCCGGCAUGUUGGAGGCGACCAGGGGUGCAGCUGAGCCCCAGGCCCCGGCCGUGAGAUCCAUCAUGAAGCGGAAGGAGGACCCGGCAGAUGCCCCCGCCCGCCGGAGGAGCCUGCAGUUUGUGGGCGUCAAUGGCGGGUACGAGUCGUCCUCCGAGGACUCGAGCACGGCAGAGAACUUCUCUGACAACGAGAGCACAGAGAACGAGGCUGCCGCCGAGCCAGGCGAGAAGAGGGUCCUGGCGCCGGCCGAAGCCCCUGAACUCAGACCCUCAACCCCGGCGACGGCAGCGGCGGGAAUCCGGGAGUGUCGGCGCCUGACCCCGGCGGAGGACACCUCAGCGUCCCACACAGAGGAGGAGAUAAGGAUGGAGCUGAGCCCCGAACUCAUCUCGGCCUGCCUCGCCUUGGAGAAGUACCUGGACAACCCCAGCGCUCUAAGUGAGCGCGAGCUGAAAGUGGCCCACACCACGGUCCUGCAGGAGUGGCUGCGUCUGGCCUGCCACAGCGACGCCCACCCCGAGCUGCUGCGCCGCCACCUGGUCACCUUCAGGGCCAUGUCCGCGCGGCUGCUGCACUACGUGGUCAACAUCGCCGACGGCAACGGCAACACCGCGCUGCACUACUCAGUGUCCCACGCCAACUUCCCUGUGGUGCGGCAGCUGCUGGACAGCGGUGUGUGCCAGGUGGACAAGCAGAACCGCGCCGGCUACAGCCCACUGAUGCUCACAGCACUGGCCCCCCUGAAGACGCAGGACGACAUUGACACAGUCCUGCAGCUCUUCCGGCUGGGGGACGUCAAUGCCAAGGCCAGCCAGGCCGGGCAGACGGCGCUCAUGCUGGCAGUGAGCCACGGGCGCGGGGACGUGGUACGGGCACUGCUGGCCUGCUCGGCCGACGUCAACGUGCAGGACAGCGACGGUUCCACGGCCCUCAUGUGCGCCUGCGAGCACGGCCACCAGGACAUCGCUGCACAGCUGCUGGCCGUCCCCGCCUGCGACAUCUCCCUCACGGACCGUGACGGGAGCACCGCGCUCAUGGUGGCCCUGGACGCGGGGCAGAGCGAAGUCGCGUCCCUGCUGUACGCCCGCAUGAACGUCAAGUGCUCGUUUGCCCCGAUGUCCGAUGAUGACCGUGCAAAUGUGGCCUCAUCAUCUGCAGAGGAGUAGCGGAAGGGGCAUCGUCCUGGUCCUCCUCUUCCUGCUGGGGGUGGGGCAAUCUCACCCCGCCCCCACCCAUGCCUUCCCGCGGCUCCACCCCUCCACCCAGCCAGGAAAGCCUCCAGGCCCCCCGUGGGUGGGUUUUCUGUCUUGCCAGAGGUAGGGAGCCCCCCCUGAAGCCCCCGCAGCCAGCCCGGUGCACCCCGUUUCCAAGCUAGACCCGCGGCCGGAUUCUCACCACCCCGCCAGUGGCCAGUUCAGUGCGUGGGUUUCCAGAACAAUCAACUGGCGGUUCUGGGCGGAGGGCCCCUCACUCCCUGGGGGAGGGGAAAAUCCUGGCGUUUUGAAUCAUUGUUGGACGGCGGAGUCGGCCAGUUUACGGCCAGACCUCGGAACCAGCCGUUUCCCUCUGAAUCCUGAGGGUUGAUAUUAACACGGAUCCACCCCCGGCGGGUCAGGCCCCCCUAGAGCCUUGCACCCCACUUCAUCGACAUGCCUCCCCUCUUUUCUGCUUCACAGGGUGGGAAACAGCCUUUUUCUGCCACAUCCUCCUUGGUCAGCGUUGCCCCCCCCAUUAAUACCCCCCCACUGCCAAGGAUGGCCCUGAGCCCUGCCAGGGGGGUUGAGGGUCCCUCAGCCCACCCCCAUCCAUCCUCCUCUGCCUCAAAGGCAAGGAAGCUGGGCGUGGGCUGGGGGGCCAAAGACAGGCCAGGCGCCCCAAACCCCAUGUGUGAGCGAUUAAAAGUUGGCUGCCCCCCAGCAUCCCGGGCGCAAAUUUAAAGAGACAGCGCUUCCCCCAGCAGCUGCCUGCAGCCCCCCCACGGCUGGAAGGGGGCGCCCAGUCUGUGUGCGAGCAGUGUCGUGCAGUGUCCCCCCGUUUGGUUGCCCUGAGCAUCUCCGUGCCCCUGGCUUGCCCCGCUUUCGGUGCACAGAAGAAGGGAAUGUUUCCCUAAGUGCCUGGGAAGGAGGGGUCACCCCCCACACACACACACACCCCAAGGCACAAGGCCAGGGCACUCUCCAGUUCCCAUAAGCCACAGGCUGGCCUUUGCCCUGGGAAAGUCAGUCGCUUGGCAUGUUGGAAUCUGGCUGACUGGUUUGGAUCCUCCUCCUGCUGGAGAACCAAAGAACUCCAGGGGUUUGGGCCAGAGAGAGCGACCGCACGGCCAACCCGGGCUUAAUUCCCGGGGACACCGCCAGGAGUGAUCCCUGGGCAGAGAACCAGGAAUAAGCCCUGAGCACCCCGGAGGUGUGCAGAACACAAGACCAUGGAACCCCUGCUACGCGGGUGUGUGUGUGUGUGUGUGUGUGUGUGUGUGUGUGAGAAUUGACAGAAGGUUACGAAGCGCAGCCCGUUGGGAACAGCUUGGAGAAGCAGGUGGGAGUGUCCAAGCCCCAGGAACAGGAUAGAUUUAUUUUCAGGGUUCUGAAAGCAGUUCAUGAGCUCCCCCAAAUGCACCUGGACUGAAUCCCUUUCCUACUGGGCCCCGCCCUGCCCUUCACGUGUAUUCCCGCCCUGUUCACUUCCCUACCUGGCCAUGGUACGCCCAUCGUGACAGUAUUACAUGUCAAUGAAGUAUUCCUCUUUUAUAAUCCAUUGUAGAAGGUAAAGGGAUUGAAUAAAGCUAUCUUAAUGAGACUGCCCAGGCACCUGGGCCCA